GCACCAUUUCUCCUCUCUGCUUCUCCCAAGAAUCCCCCUUCCCUUCUUUUCUUCCCUUACACUCCUUUCUCAUUCUCCCCUUUUAUCCUUGGUGGAAUUCAUGCGGUUGUCUUGACUCCUGGGUGUAUCUCGUCCUUCUGGCGCUUCCGUUUCCCUCCUUAUCAUGUGCGGCAUCUUCCGCAUCCUCCGCUGUGCUCGCGAUCUCGCGUCCCUCUGAUCUUUGGAAGUGCAAGACAGAGUGGAAAGAAUAAAUUGAAAAUCGAAAAAAGAAAGAUAAAAGAAAAGACCAAACCAAAAGAGAAACAACUUCGGACAACAUCAUGACGUCCAUUCGUGAUGUGACCGCGGUGGAUAGCCGGGAUCCGGGCUCUCUGGACAUGAAGGAGGAUGACACCGGCCCUGCCUCACAAGGGCUCGUGGAGUCGGCGCGGGAACAGUCGAUGCCUGCGCAACGGGUUCUCUCCAUGUUUGAACGAGUCCUGACUACUAAUGCCCCGAUCCUGGAAUCCCUUCUCCUUCAGAUCCCGACCGAUACCAUUGUCAAGCUAUACCAUACCUCUCGCUAUCUGCGGACCUUCUUGCGAUCCUACCCCACAGCAUGGAAAUAUCUCUCCUUCCGCCUCUUCUACCCGUCGGGCACUCCGUCGCCCCUCCGGCUGGCCGUCACUGAAUCAUCCGAUCUGGCGACCCCCCGUCAGUCUCGCCCGUAUGCGCUCGAUCAGCUGUUGAUGAACGUGGUGAUCCCCUUCAGUCCCUGUCUGCGGAGCCUGGAGCUGGAUAACACGGCCGUGUCGGGUCAGAUUCUCUUCUCCACCGUCCUCUACGCACGGCGGGAGACUCUGGAGCACCUGUCCGUCCGCGGAUGCAAGAAUGUCUCGCUCAAGUACCAUAUCAUUCCCUACCUCACGAUGUUCGGACUGCAGUACGAUGUGGAUAUGGGGAAGAGCAUUGGCAGCUCGCCCUCGAUCAAACACCUGGCGCUCAAGAGCUUGUUCACAUACCGAUGCCGCCACCACCGCAGACGACCGUACCUGUCCUCCUCCCUGGCCCGAAAGGAUUCAGACUCGGAACCGACCCACGAACUGGUGAACCUGUGCCGGAAGCUGGGAAUUUGGACCGACACGGCGUGGUGCUCCACCCCGGCGGCACGGUGUUUCCGGAGAAGAGGCUAUGUCUCCAUGCGGGUGCCGCAGGGGUCGCCAGAGGUGUGGGUGGUGUUUGACCGGCUCUGGCGGUCGAAGAACUGGAUUGGCCCGGUGGACACCGGCUCCCAGUCGCUUCGGAAGAAUGGAAAGCUGUGGGAACACCAAGAGACCGGCUGUUUCGGGGAAGCCCUGGGGACGGGCGAAGGGGGAGACCUUGGGGAGGGCAGGAUGAAGCCGGCACAUCUGCGUUGGAGUCACCGACGCUUUGUGGAGAACGUCCGGUGCGACCACUGCGGCGACGCGAUCCCCGAAAGGUGUGAGCAAUGCAGCAUCCUGAUGCACUGCGUUGGGUGUCGAAAGACCCUCUGUGCCAGCUGUGCCUAUGAACGACCCUACGUCCACCACGGUAGCCACUCGUCAUCCUCUCGCGAUAAGGCAGCCUCUUUGUGGUGGGCGCCCAAUGCGUCGGUGUCACCGUGUCUCAUGCACGACCCUCACGUCAACUCGGACCACGGGAAUCCAAACGCCUCGUUACCUUAUCCGUCGCUGAAGUUCCACUGGUGCUGCACGGAGCCCAUCUUCUCGGGUGGUGGCGGGAUCAGCAUUGGGACGCCGAAUCGGGAUGUCGACCAGGUGCGAGCUGCGCCCCUGCCCCGUGGACAAGGGUGGGAGGAUCUGGAGUAUUCAGCGCAGGAGUGGAGCAAAACCUUCCCCAAGUACGCGUAUGGGGACCCACGGAAGCCCGAUUACACACUGGAGACAGGUCACAUCGCUAUGAUGAAGUGGCUGUUGGGACCGCCAGAUCGUCAGCCGACGGCCUGUCCGCGCAAUCUGUGCCAAGACUGCUACGACACACCGCAGUGGAAGGUGCACUGCAAGAGCUGUUCGAAGCCCCUGUGUAUUGAACACGACCUUCGCGGCCUUCGGUUACGGAUCUGUGGCUAUCGCGAUCUUACGCUGGAGAAGCUGACCAUUCAAAAUCGGUCGGCGUCCAGCAGCGAGCCGACCGCUCCCAGCUCGUAUCCGUCGCCCCACGUCCCAUAUACCCAUACCGUGCCGGAGUUCGAGCUACCCUAUCGCACGCAGCGAGCGAUCGACUCAACGACCAGCAGCUUCACCGAAGACAACCAGGCGGAUGGGAUCGUCGGCGAGAGCACGUCAGCCCCGCACGCAGCUGGCGCGGCACUGCACGGGCGGUCCCGGAGCUUCUCGGUGUCCAACUCGAACCGAUCCCGCUCAUCGUCGCCAUCGUCCGUGUACUGUGAGUCACCGACGGAGCCACCCAAAUGGCAGGGCUGCCAGUCCUUCUUCUGUCCGCAAUACCGGGCAGUGGGCGAUCACCGGCAGCGAUGCGGCAGCGAGAUGCGGGAAUGCACGAGUUGCUCGGUGUACGUGUGCCAGGACUGCGUCACGGCGCACCCACCAUGCAGCUGCUCCUACUGCGAGGUGAACUACCUCUGCCCCAACUGCCUCAAGCUCCGCGAGCGUGACGGGACCUGCCGUCGGUUAGAAGAGGAGAAAGCGCGACAGGAGCAGAAGUGGAUGAAAGACAUGUGGGCGCUGGAGGGAAUCCUGGGCAACAAGUUCGCGAACGAAGUCGCCGAAUACGCCAGCCAGUUCUUCGACACGGUGGAGGAUGAGUCCACGCCCGAAGUGCAAGAUCCUCACCAGGGGCCAGACUCCACCUGCGGUCCAUAGGCGGGCAGCUGCGGUUUAUGAAUGGCGCUGAACAUACUCUUUUUCUUCUUUUUCACUUUCUUUCUUUUUUGUUAUUCGGAUGAAUGGGACAGGGGGAAAGGCGUUGGAACAGAGUUUUCGCAUGGGAGGGAAAAUCACGCUGAGAAUAGUACCCAGUCUUGUUUGUUCUUCGAGCGAUGUCGAGUGCACUUUCCUAUUUGUGGAGUUUGGGGGGAAGGUCCACGGUUGUCUGGAGUAUUUAUUUCCUCUCUUUUUUCCACAUCAAUCUCACGACUUAGCGAGUCAUUGACCAUAGGGCAUUCGGAGAUCAUUGUUGGUAAUCAUGCAAUGCACAAAGUCAAUAUG